AUGCCAAUCGGGCUGUGCAACGCGGCACAACGCUUGGUGCUGCUUAUGGAUCGGGUGAUACCAGCGGAGCUUAGAUCCAACGUUUUCGUGUAUUUGGACGACUUGCUAAUCCUCACUCCAGAUUUUCAGACGUACCUGAAGUACUUGCGUCGAGUAGCCCACAGUCUGAAAUCAGCCGGAUUGACCAUAGGGUUAAAGAAGUCCAAGUUUUGCUUCAAAUCGCUGACUUACCUUGGGUUUAUAGUCGGAGGUGGACUGCUUCGGAUGGAUCCUGGACGAGUUUCGGCGAUUCAGAAGAUGCCCUACCCGAAAUCCAUGAACGUAGCUUUGCUAAACGCAAAGUUCGUCCUAAGUCCCAGCGUCCCACAGCCAGUAGCUGACCUUGAUGAGCGCGCCGGUCCUGGUUCACGCGAAUUUCAGAAAAUAUUUAUACAUCCAGUGCGACGCAUUUCACGUUGGCGUUGGCGCGGUAUUGUUUCAGCGGAACCAGGAUGCAGACGAGCAACCAUCGCGUUCUUCACAGCCAAGAUGAACAAUCACCAAUCACCAUUACUCGGUCACGGAAAAGGAGUGUCUGCCAGCCUUAAGUGGUUGAUGACGAUGAAGGAUCUGUCCGGACGAUUCGCAAGGUGGUCUCUCCAGCUGCAGGGCUACGAUUUCAGCACUGAACAUCGCAAAGGCAGCGAGAACGUUGUCGCCGACACCCUAUCCUGCAUCAUUGAGGAGAUCCGAAUAGAUCCGUCGGAGUUACUAGGAUUCGAGAUGACUGAAUUUGCUGCGGAAGAUUACACGGAAUUAGUGCAGGAUGUGGUGUCUAACAAGGAACACUUACCAGACCAGAAAGUGGAGGACGGAAUAAUCUUCAAGCGCAUGAGCAAUUCGAAAAUGGACGAGGAAUUGGAAGCUGAGGAUCCCGCAAAUCCUUGCGCACUGCCUGAUAGAGCGGGCUCCAAGGCUGGUCAUGGUGGAAUGAUGAAGACCUUCUUCUAUUCUAUUGGCCAGGGAUGA